AGCACAUCCAGAUAGCAGUUGUCUUCCGACGAAGGAGGACGCAAUUCGCACACCUGGAUAUACUUAAUACCGUCGUGAUCGAGUGAAGAUAUAAUCGCUUAUUAUUAUUAUAUAAUUAUAUUCGACGCCACGCCUUACGCAUAUAAUCACCAGUGGAUUAACGUGAAGGAGUUCAACAUGAAGUACCCGUUGCAAAACGUCUUAUCAAAGGCCAUGUUUUGGAAAGGCGAGGGCCACAUUAACAAAGGCUUCGACCCCGACGACAACAAGCGGCCCCCGCAGGAGCCCGUGGUUGAAGUGAAAGUCGACAGCAGCGUCCCACAGCUCCAGGAGGAAGACGACGACACGGGAAGGCAGCAAUGGGGGAGCCCCGUGGAGUUCCUCCUGUCGUGCGUGGCCAUGUCUGUGGGCCUGGGCAACGUGUGGAGGUUCCCCUUCGUCGCGCUCGAGAACGGUGGAGGAGCCUUCCUCAUCCCCUACAUCCUGGUCCUCAUGUUCAUAGGAAAGCCCCUCUACUACAUGGAGCUCUGCCUGGGGCAGUUCGCAUCCGCGGGCUCUGUCAGAGUGUGGGACAUCUCGCCAGCAUUCAGAGGCGUUGGUUUUGGCCAGGCAAUUGCUACGUGGGCUGUCGUCACGUACUACGUGUCACUCAUGGGCCUGACCGUGUACUACUUCUUUGCCUCCUUCAGCGGUACCCUGCCUUGGUCACAAUGCGGUAACUGGUCUUCAAACUAUUGCGUAGAUUCCACCAUGAAUUCAACCGUUGUAGCAAAUUCUCUGGGCGUCAAUACUACUAAGCUGGUUACUUCAGCUGAGGAAUAUUUCACGCAAGAAGUCCUCCAAGUGGAUACCAAUGGUCUUGCGAACGGGUUGACCGCUCCUGAAUGGCGUCUCUCCCUUUGCCUCCUGUUCUCUUGGGUCGUCCUCUUCCUCAUCAUGGCCAAGGGAGUGCAGAGCUCUGGCAAGGCUGCAUACUUCACUGCACUCUUCCCCUACCUGGUUCUGUUCAUCAUGUUGAUCAGAGGUGCAACGCUUCCGGGAGCUCUCGACGGCGUCCUCUUCUUCAUCACUCCGAGGUGGUCGAAGCUCCUCGAGCCAAACGUCUGGUACGCAGCCGUCGAUCAGUCCUUCUUCAGCCUGUCUGUCGGAUUCGGCUCGAUCAUCAUGUUCUCCUCCUACAACUCCUUCAGGCACAACGUCUACCGUGAUGCCACCAUCAUAUCUGUCACGGACACCCUCACCUCUCUCCUGGCUGGUUUCACCACCUUUGCCAUCCUUGGCCACUUGGCUGAGCUCCUAGGUGUCAAAAUCGAGGACGUCGUCAGCGGCGGAGGCACAUCCCUCGCCUUCAUCAGCUACCCUGAUGUGCUGGCCAGGUUCCAGUAUGUCCCCCAGCUCUUUGCUGUCUUGUUCUUCUUGAUGUUGUUCACCCUAGGUGUUGGAAGUGCCUCAGCCCUCACUGGCUGCAUCAUCACCAUCAUCUGUGACGAGUUCCCCAGUUUUAAGAAGUGGCUGGUGACUCUGGUCGUCUGCAUUGCCGGCUUCCUCCUCGGGCUCUUCUACGUUACUCCACAAGGGCAGUACGUACUGGAGCUCAUCAACUAUUACGGAGGUGGAUUCAUCAUCUUCAUCCUGGUCGUCUUUGAAAUGGCUGCCGUUCACUGGGUUUACGGCAUCAACAACUUCUGCCGCGACAUUGAGUUCAUGCUGAACCGCAAGACGGGCUACUACUGGAAGUUCUGCUGGGCCAUCCUCAUUCCUGCCUUGAUCGCAAUCAUUUUCAUCUACAGCCAGGCCGUGGCCAAGCCUCUUAAAGUUGGAGACUACACAUUUGGUCCUGGUGCCCACGCCUUCGGCAUCAUCCUGGCAGUCUUCGCCUGCAGCAUGGUGCCCAUCUUCUUUGUGGUCGAAGUCGUCCGCCAGAAGAACACCUCCUCGAACCUGUGGGAGGCCGUGAAGAACUCAUUCAGGCCCAACUCUGACUGGUGCCCCAAGAGCUCCUCUCUCCGCCGGGAGUACCACGAGUUUCUCUCAGCGGAGAAGGCCGGCCUGCAGGGCAUCGACAAUCCUCUCCCUCCGUCAGCCUCGACAAUGUCCAUGGCGUCUCUCGCCUCAAAAGCUUCCACGGACCCCGUCACCCAGUAUCACUCCAGCGUGUGAGGGAAGGAGGGAAAUGAGAGCUCUAGGCUGUGUAAUUUAUUCUUCAUCAUUCACGUCCCGUCCUCAAUGCAAUCUCUCUCAUUGUGAAGAGAUUUUAUCACCAUCAUCAUCAUCAUCGUCAUCUCAUUGUUCUUAGUCCUACCAUUCGUAUCGAAACUGUACCCUUGUAGAGUGAUCUACUUCCCUUUGUGCAAUCUUUAGACUAGACCUUUUGGACAUACGAGAAGUCUUUCCCUACAUCUUCCAUUCCUCGUCAUCUUGAUAAUCUCUGAUCCUAGUGACUACCAGUCUUCCAUUCCAAACUACUUCCAAAAUUGUGGUGACUUUUGCAGGUUUGUGAGAAGCUUUUCACUCAGUCCUCUAGGUUUCAUGAGAGUACAAAUGUCUUAUCUUGAAAUUUCAUCUUCAUUUUCAUCCAUAAAAGAAAUAGUUUUAGGGACAUUUUGUAAAUAGUGCGUAGAGGAACCUGUCUUAUGUAUAUACUGCACUUGGGCGCUGGAGAACGAGCAAAACCUUCUGAAGAGUCUUCGGUGUUUUGUCGCCGAGCCGUUGUGCGGAGCAGCCGAUUGAGUUAGGGUAUAGACCUACUCCAUCUCUCGCUCCUGAAGUAUACGAGAGGUGUCGAUUGAGUCUGCUACUGCACGGCCCGCUGAGGGUAGAAACGACACCCCGUGGUAUAACCCCUACGCUCUUUGGGCUGUAUACCGAACCAACGGAAAACGCCUUCUCCUGUCUCUGACAUCGCGCGACCGAUGGAUUUGGCACCAAGAUGCUGAGUGAUGUCAGAUGUACCACUCUAGCGCGGCACUGUACUUAGGAGCUAAGGAAAUCACCCAUGGUUGUUAAUCUGAGUUAUUUACGAACACUUACUCAGCUGUGAUGUAUAUUUUAAGUAUAGUAUAUAUUUAGUAAUUCGGGUAUUAUGAAACUCCAUGACAAUAUGUUUCACCAUAGAGAACUUUUUAUAAACAGAAUUUUACCGAAUUAUAUAUUUCAAUAUUCUGAUGAGUUUUAACACUGGUUUAUUUAAAAGCCAAAGAUAGUUUAAACCUCGAACUCAAACUGUUAUAUUAAGAGGAAUAUAACUUUUAAUUUUAUAGCAAUAAACGAUUUAUGAUAUUAA